UCCACCAUGGCCAGACGCCCCCGGAACAGCAGGGCCUGGCACUUCGUUCUGAGUGCAGCCCGCCGAGACGCAGAUGCCCGGGCCGUGGCUCUAGCAGGCUCCACUAACUGGGGCUACGACUCUGAUGGGCAGCACAGCGACUCGGACUCCGACCCCGAGUACUCCACGCUGCCGCCAUCCAUCCCCAGUGCAGUGCCCGUGACCGGCGAGUCCUUCUGUGACUGUGCUGGGCAGAGCGAGGCCUCCUUCUGUAGCAGCCUGCACUCGGCCCACCGGGGCAAGGACUGCCGCUGUGGAGAGGAAGACGAGUAUUUCGACUGGGUCUGGGAUGACUUGAAUAAGUCAUCAGCCACCCUGCUGAGCUGUGACAACCGUAAGGUCAGCUUCCACAUGGAGUACAGCUGCGGCACAGCGGCCAUCCGGGGCACCAAGGAGCUGGGGGAGGGCCAGCACUUCUGGGAGAUCAAGAUGACCUCUCCCGUCUACGGCACCGACAUGAUGGUGGGCAUCGGGACGUCGGAUGUGGACCUGGACAAAUACCGCCACACGUUCUGCAGCCUGCUGGGCAGGGAUGAGGACAGCUGGGGCCUCUCCUACACGGGCCUCCUCCACCACAAGGGCGACAAGACCAGCUUCUCGUCGCGGUUCGGCCAGGGCUCCAUCAUUGGCGUGCACCUGGACACCUGGCAUGGCACGCUCACUUUUUUCAAGAACAGGAAGUGUAUAGGUGUGGCAGCCACCAAGCUGCAGAACAAGAGGUUCUACCCGAUGGUGUGCUCCACGGCGGCCCGGAGCAGCAUGAAGGUCACCCGCUCCUGCGCCAGCGCCACCUCCCUCCAGUACCUGUGCUGCCACCGCCUGCGCCAGCUGCGGCCAGACUCGGGAGACACGCUGGAGGGUCUGCCGCUGCCGCCGGGCCUCAAGCAGGUGCUACACAACAAGCUGGGCUGGGUCCUGAGCAUGAGCUGCAGCCGCCGCAAGGCUCCAGCGUCCGAUCCCCAGGCAGCGACCUCGGCCCACCCCAGCAGUCGCGAGCCUCGGCCCUGCCAGAGGAAGCGCUGCCGCCGGAUCUGACUGACUGCCCGCCCAGUGGAACUGCCUUCUUGGGCUAGGACAGCCCCUUUCCUCCGUCCCUUCUUUCUCUGUCCCUUCCUUCCAGCCACACUCCAGGGCGGAGUUGGAUGAGGCCCGUCCGGAGGGAGCCAUCUCUUGCUCCCGAGGCUGGGACAGUCCUUUCUGGGGGGCUCUAGGGCUCCUCUGCUGCUGUGCUGGGUGGGGAAGCGGCUGCCCUGAGCCCCAGGUCUUGUGGGAGGCUGCGAGGACGAGAGCCUGGCUGGAGCCCGCGUUGCCGUUCCCACAGGGCCUCGGUUUUUCGUAACUUGCUCUGCAUGCUGUCAGCGGCUGCCCUGCCGUCAUAGACUUAAAGGACUGCAAUAAACGUAGAGUUGAUGUCUAACACCCA